UUUUAGUAUGAAUUAUUAUAAUUUAAUAAGAUUUUUUUUUAAUAAAAUACAAUAUCAAAAUUAUAAACAUUAAUGUAUAUAAAUAUAAAUCAAUACUUAAAAUUACUAAAAAUAAACAUGACACUUAGAGUGAUAUAAUAAACAUAUAUGAAUAUUAUUAUUUUGUUUAUUAAAUUAGUAUGUUUAAUAAAUAGAAAACAAAAUAAACAUAUAUAUACAAAGUAUCUUAUAUUAUUAGUAUGUUUAUUAUAAUUGUAAAUAUAAAAAUAGACAUAGACAAAUUAUACUAUACUAAAAUAAGUAUAUUCUUUUUCUAUUGUUUCUAUAUAUUGAUUAUUUUCUAAUGAAUUAGUGAACGAAUUUUCUAUUGAAGUAUAAUUCUGUACAUCAAAAAAUAAAUAAAUAAACAUAACUUUAUAAACUCCAAAAAUUAUUUAAUUACAAAAAAUGAACAUGACACAAUAAAUAGAGAAAAAGAUAAAGAUAAACGAUUUUUUAUAUCUAUAUAUUAUUUAUUUUCUAAAAAAUUACUAAAAAAUAAACAUAAUACACAUAGAGUGAUAUAAUAAACUUAUGUGAAUAUUAUUAUUUUGUUUAUUAAAUUAGUAUAUUUAAUUAAUAGAAAAAAAAACAUGUUUUAUAUUAUUGGUAUAUUUUUUUAUUAUAAUUGUAAACAUAAAAAUAAACAUAACAAAUAUUACCAUAUAUAUAAUAAUCAAUAAUUGUUACCAUAUAUAUAUUAUAAAAGAAAUUGAAAAAAAGUUUUUAAUUAUAUAUAAAAAUGUAUGAGAAAAUGAUAAUAAGUUUUUUUUACAUAUUUUGUAAUUAAUUAAAAUAAUGUAUACAAAAUUGUAAAAUGCCCUAUAAAAUUUUGUCUGUAGCAAAUGAAUAUCCCUAUACCACUCAUAGGUUGUCAAAUUAAUACUUAGUACGACCAACUAAUAAUUAUAAUAAUAAUAAUAAUUGAAUAAAUUAAACUAUGAAGUUUUAAUACCAUGUGUAAUGUAGUCCUAAAAUUUAUGAUCUAAAUUAUAUGAAAGAAGGAUUAUAUAGCAAUUAAUAGGAAAAUAGACGAUUACCUACCGACAUAUAAUUACAUCUGAAAAUCUCCGUCUUUGGAAUUGGACUUCUCACCUCUAUAAAUACAAAUAUAUUCCUAGCUAGCUCCCUCACAUAACGAAUCCAAUAAACCUCCCCCCAAAAAAAAAAAAAAAAAAAACUCUCUUUUGCUCUUCCAUUUCUGGUUUCGAUCAGCUCCAAAUUGAAAUUUUCAUCUCUUCCCAAAAGUUUCUGGAAUCUUCUAAUUCAUCAACAAACUCUUCUCUCCAAAUAUAUAUAUGGAGACAGAGAGUAAGGAGGAGAUGAAGGUUGUUCUAACAAAGCCUUUAUCACUUGAUUCUAUUGAUCCUUAUGAUCAAUACAAGGCCCCCAAUAUGCUUCAACGAGUUCUAAGUUUCUUUAAAAAUGUACGACCUGGAUCCGAUUUAACUCGAUUGCAGUUGCCACCCGUAUUCAACAUUCCAAAAUCACAAUUACAGUGUUAUGGUGAGUCAGCAUAUUGUGUUAGUGAUGAUUUGUUGGGUAAGUGCAACAUUGGAGAGAAUUCAAUAGAGAGAUUCAAAGCAGUCCUUGCAUGGAACAUCUCUACUUUGCGUCCUUUAAACUUUGGAGUUGCACCUUAUAACCCUAUUCUUGGAGAAACUCAUCACGUAUCUAGAGGAACUCUUAAUGUUCUCAUUGAGCAGAUUUCACAUCAUCCACCUGUAACUGCACUUCAUGCAAUGGAUGACAAAGAAAAUAUUGAGCUUUUGUGGUGUCAACAUCCAGUUCCCAAAUUUUAUGGUACUUGGGUAGAAGUUGAGGUGAGAGGAAAAAGAGAGUUGAAACUUCUGAAUCAUGAAGAGACUUAUGUGAUGAAGUCGCCAAAUCUUUUAUUCAAGUUCUUUCCACCUGGAGUUGAGUGGGGAGGUAGUGAUCGACUCAGAUGCCUUGAAACAGGUCUUACAGCUGAGCUAACCUACGGAGGAAGAUCCUUUUUAGGCCUAAGAGGAACUCCUAGAUCAAUCAAAGGAAAGAUCUUCAAUUCUUAUUCCAAUGAACCACUUUUUGAGAUCAAUGGCCAGUGGGAUAAAAGUGUGACACUUAAAGAUCUAAAUAAUGGCGAAGUCAAAGUUUUGUACAGUGCCAAAGAAGCAAUUUCAGGACUUAAAACUCCCAUUGUCAAAGAUCCAAAUGGGGUUUGGAAAAGUGAAUCAGCUGUAGUUUGGAGCGAGGUGAGCCAAGGAAUCAUGAAUAGAGAUUGGGGAAAAGCAAGAGAAGCAAAGAAAUCUAUCGAGGAAAAUCAAAGGGUGCUUUUGGCAGAAAGAAAUUUAAAUUCUGAAACAUGGGUUCCUAAACAUUUUACUGUGUUAUAUAACAAGGAAAAUGGAUGGGACUGUUCACCUAUAGUGAAGACUGUCCCACCUGCUCCUAUUGUUGUACCACUAAACAACUAACAAAAUGUAAAAUUACAAAUGAUUCAUUUUGUUGUUUUACUAAACCUACUUUUAAAUAUUAGUCGUAGUAAUUAGUUAGUAUUAGUUGUAAUAUGUGAGUAACAUUCAAUUACAAGUUGUUGCCUUUUAUUGUUUUGACACUAUACUCAACUCCAAACUCAGUAAUCAUCUAUUGAAGUUGUA